AACCCAGGUAUAUCAUGCAUGAAGAUCCGAUUUAUAUUCGAUCCCAAGCCAGACCCCCGUUCUCGAGCAAUUUCAACAAGCCACCCCGCUGUUUGAUCUGCGAGAUUCAACUUCGCCAGAUCUUGCCUGUACUCCCUCCAACCGUCGUGUAGGUCUGAUCUCUCGAGGGUGUGGGGGCACAUGGGCUGGUUCAGAUCAUAAUUCUUUCUUUUUUUUUUUAGAACUUUGGCCCCAUAUUCCGCAUCGCCGUUUACUAUCUGCAUUACGGAGUGCGGCUGUCUUGACGUUGACGUUGUUCUACAAUAUGACAAAUCCUAGCGGCAAACAGCCUAAUCCCGUGAGACCAGCGCCCCUGGCAUGUCUAGAAUGUCGCCGCAAGCACCUCAAGUGCGACGGUGGCACCCCUGUCUGUGGACGAUGCCGCAAAGCCCAGUCUGACUGUCAGUAUACGCCUUCCCGCCGUGGUUAUAAGCCAAGCUCCAAGCCGCCGGCCCCUUCGACGAUAGGUCGUACUCCACGCGCUGAGGCUCCACCCCAGCCGGCUGGAACCCCGAUAGGGCCGCCUCAGUCACCGUUCCUGGAUCCCUCUUUGACCAUUCCAGGCAUACCUUUAUCGCAAUCGCUGGAUCGAAUGGGGUUGAUGUCGACCGAUCGAAUCUCCCUGGACCCUGACGUCUUCACGAUACCAGACACCUCCGCCUAUCUACAAGGAGAUGGGUUGCUUUUCGACUACUAUUACGCAUUCUUCCACGACGCUCAUCCGAUCCUUCCCCCCUCGCAUCUGCUGCAUCGCUUAGCGCCAAUUCCACCAUGUCUACAGGCGGUUAUGAGAUUCAUCGGCGCUCAUUAUACACUCGAUCCGUCGGCUGAUUUAUACAGAGAGUCCGUUGUGACAGAAUUAGCAGCGGCUACUGAACCGUCUUUCUACAAGGUCCAAGCUCUUCUUCUAUUUUCGAUUGUCCUGCACGCACGGGAUGAACGAGCCGAUGGUGUAGAGUCGUUCUCGGCAGCUGUUGACUUGGCCUUUGGGAUGGGUAUGAACAGAGCCUCGUUCGCCUCAACUCUGGGCGGUGACGAUCCUGUGCGGGUGGAAACACUCCGACGCACUUGGUGGGAACUGUACAUUGUUGACGGCAUGUUUUGUGCUUUUGACCAGAUGACUUCGAAGAUCAACAAUAGUACGCUGAUGGACACGCUGCUUCCGUGUGACGACUUGAGCUAUUCAGCGGGUAUCUACCUCACCGAAUCACCAUCCCCGACACAUUUCUAUGAUCGUGUUUUUGCAGAUGAUGACGAAGAUUUUUCUUCCUUUUGCUACGCUGUCGAAGCCGGCCGGAUUCUCAAGCGAACUUUAGAUCUCGGUUACGCCAUUGAUGAUUACCAGCUCGCAGACCAGGUUGAAUCAAUUGAUGCCAGCAUCGGUAGCUGGUUCCAUCAUCUUCCGAACUCCAAAAGAAAUAUCCUUGGCCCGGAUGGCACCGUCGACCAAUUACUCUUCCGGGCACAUAUGAUUAUCAACUGCGCGCUUAUAUACCUCCACCUUCCUCGCUCAAACCUUCUAUCAACCCCCACCGCCACUGCUAGUAUCCCCUGCGCCCGACGCAGUCUCUGCAUAGCAGCAGCUUCAUCAACAAACCUCACCCACGCCAUCAAAUCCAUCAAAGCUGCGAACGAUCUUGCUGCUCUUGCGGCGCUCCGAUCCACAGUAAUAAAGCAAACUCCAUUCUUCAUCUGUGGGCUCGUACUCAGCGCUAUCGUCCAGCUCUGUGCAUGCUCCGUGAGGGCAUCCAACUGUUUGCAGCCACGGCGAGACCGAAUCGCCCUCAUCGUGGGAGAACUCAAAGCACUAAAUUCUACAUGGGUAAUUUCACGAUUGGUGAUGAAACAAAUCAAGCUUGUGGCGAGAGAGGUUCUGGAGAUUGGAAUCCAACAGCCGUUGUUUCCCGAACUGGAGGACCAGGGUCCAGAUAUCAGCUCGAUCAUCAGCAGUGACGUUUGGCUUGGAGACAUCCCCAUUGAGCAAUGACUUUUCAUAGAAGCCGGAUCUUUGGCUAUUCACUGAUAUACUUCGUUUACUUCUUCUGCUGUAUUAUUAAGUCACUAUUUUCUUUUUCAUUUUCCGCGGAAACCAUACCCAGUUAAUAGAAAUAUAGAUGUUCAGCAUU